GCCGGCUUCCACCACAAUCCAACAGACCGGCGACCGAGUAACACGUAGUGACAGUGCAUACAACACGUGAUUAUCUCUACUGAUAACAGUGCUCACAAAUAGUGAUCAAAUUGUAAAGUGAUAAUAAAUUAAAGUGAAAGGUGAAAUUAUAAACAUUAAAGAAAUGGCGAAAAUUAUUGUGUGUUUAGUGUUGUUCGUGGUGGUGGCUGGACACAAGCACCACCCCAAGUUCCCCAGGAGUACUGAGGAUUAUAUCAUACCCAUGCCUAAGAAAGUCGCGUGCUCGGGUGCUAAUGAGCGCGAGCGCGGCAACAUCAUUGAACAGUCCAAGUGUGGAGACCCCAAGGAGGUCUUCGAGUACUUGAAGGUGAAGGCUGCACAUGAACAGAUCAGUCCCCGCGCGGUGUGGGUCAAGCGCUGUGUCGGCCUCUGCGAGUACGAGAACGAAGGCACCUGCGUCGCCACCGAGACCGUCAUCCGACAUAUUCCCAUACGAAUAUACAACGCAAAGACCAACCGGGAGACGUGCGCCACGUACCCCAUCGUGGAGCACGUGUCGUGCGGCUGCUGCUCGCUGUCGCCCGAGGAGUGCGCGGCGCCGAGGGUGUACAAUCCUCGUAAGUGCUCCUGUCAAUGUCCCAACAUGGAGGAACGCCGCAGUUGCCUGAAAAAGCGGAACCAGAAUAUGAGGUGGAAUCGGUCUAAAUGCGCAUGCGAGCAGCGAAGGAGGGCCUAAUGCGAGCAAUGCGCACUUAGAGACAGAGCGCAAGGCGCUCCGGCAACCAAGUGAUACCUGAGAGGGACUAGUGUUGUGAACCUUAGAGACCUUAGUGUGAACUAGUGCGGGGGCACGGGACAGUGACGCGCGAGUGUCGUCGUGACUCACUACAAAUUUAGCCACGACAGUGAUCGGUCACGAGGUGGGACUGUGCUCUCGUGCACUACUGUAAACGUAAAACGCGACUGAGUCAAGUGUCUUGUAGACUUAAUUGUUCAGAAUUUACCAGUAUUAUAGCUUGUAAGUUAUUUAUUUGUUUAGCUUCUAAGACAAAAUGGGGCCAAAAGGUGCUGUGAGUAGACAUUGCUAAUUUUAUUCCAUGACUUUUUGGUUUGCUGUCUAAUGUACUUAAUAUUGUAACUCAAAUACGUAUUAUCUGUAGGUAGUUAAUUAUUUAUUAUUAGACGUAAUAUUCUUUAAAAGUGUCCGAGUGGGCGGGUACGGGUGUGUCAGUCAUUACUAACCAGCACAAAACAGAGCUUUCGUAGCCGUUAACAUCUCAAGCGACACUUUUGCCCGCCCUUGGAAUCGAACCUCGCACGUUAGUGUAAGAAACUCUAGUAACUUACGAGGCUAGUGAGUUAAUUAGUAAGUAAGUUUAAUUUAUUGUAACGUUAAUGUUAAUGAGCAUUUCUGCAAUAAUUGGAGCGACAUCACAGUUCAGUAUUGUACGUAGAGAGGCGGCGCGCGCAACACGGUAUUGCGCAAUUCCUAAAUUGUGAUAAUAGUUAUUCCAUAUCUGAUAGUUAAUUAUUAGAUUAGUUGAGUACUUAAGGAGUAAGUUAAUUAGUUUCUAAAGUAUUUGCGGUCUAGUCACGAAUUUAUUUGUUUAAACAUUUGUAUUAUCUAGUAUCUGCUCUCUCCUAUUACUUUAUCUCGUAUUGUAAAAUAAUAAUUUAUUAUUUAGGAAUAAUUAAUGAAUUUCAGGCACCUCUUGUAAUUAGGACCUAGUCUUCGAUUGUGCCAAAGGCAUAGAAUCUCAUAGGUUUCUUAUUUAUUUUGUUUAUUUAUUUGUAUUAUGAAUGAAAGGAGGUACUCGAGCUUUAAAAGCUAAGCGACGGACAUGAUUAGUACUAAGAUUUUUGUAUUUAUAGCAAAUAAGUAAUUUAUAAUAAUAAAUCAAUUUUUUGGAUAAAA